GGAGAGAACCUGGAAAACACGAUGGCAGCCUUUCACCAUGCAGUUAAUAUAGGAACAGACAUGUUGGAGCUAGAUUGUCACCUGACGAAAGAUGAGCAAGUGGUUGUGUCCCAUGAUGAGAACCUGAAGAGGUCCACGGGAGUUGAUGUCAACAUAUCCGACCUCAAAUACUCUGAACUUCCACCAUAUCUCUGCAAGCUGGAUGUCACAUUUCAGAAAGAAUGUCACUGCGAGGGAAAAGACAACCGUAUUCCGCUCCUGAAAGAGGUGUUUGAGGCAUUUCCACAAACUCCUGUCAACAUUGACAUCAAAAUGAACAACAAUGUGUUGAUCAAAAAGGUUUCAGAGCUGGUGAGUCAGUAUAAGCGAGAGCAUUUGACGGUAUGGGGGAAUGUCAAUUACGAGGUUGUAUCAAAGUGUCUUAAGGAGAAUGCUGAUAUUCCCAUCAUUUUCUGUUUGCAACGUGUCCUCCUGCUUCUUGGCCUGUUCUACACUGGUCUGCUGCCAUUCAUUCCUUUCAAGGAAGAAUUCUUGGAAAUUCCCAUGCCUUCAAUCAUCCUCAAGCUGAAAGAACCACAGAAGAUGACAAGAAGCCAGAAAUUUAUUAUCUGGCUAGCUGACACAUUGCUCAUGCGGAAAGCACUUUUUGACCACCUCACUGCUCGGGGCAUUCAGGUGUACAUUUGGGUACUGAAUGAAGAACAAGAAUACAAGAGGGCAUUUGAUCUGGGAGCAACUGGAGUGAUGACAGACUAUCCAACAAAACUUAAGGAGUUUUUGCACAACUAUCCAGCGUAAAGGAAGAAAUCCAAUGAAGUUCUUGCAGAAUAGAUUGUGAGCCAAGGAUUUUCUUCAUUUAAAAAAAAAAGAGCAGCAUACACACAGAUCAUAUUGCUUGAAAGAUGUAGUUGGAUGAUCUAUUA